AUGUCAAAGAAGCAAGAACCCAAAGAAAGAGUAAUUCUUGGUAGACUUACUAAUCAUCUUCGAAUGGGUAUUGUUGGACUUCCAAAUGUCGGAAAAUCUACUUUAUUUAAUGCAUUAACAAAGUGUCAAGUUCAAGCUCAAAAUUAUCCAUUCUGUACCAUUGAUCCAAACCAAGCUCGUGUUGCUGUCCCUGAUGAACGUUUUGAUUAUUUAUGUGAACAUUAUAAACCAGCUAGUAAAGUAGCUGCAUCUUUACAAGUUACUGAUAUUGCAGGUCUUGUUAAAGGUGCUGCUGCUGGUGAAGGACUUGGAAAUGCAUUCCUUUCACAUAUCAGUGGUGUUGAUGGUAUUUAUCAAGUAGUUAGAGUAUUUGAAGAUGAAGACAUUGUUCAUGUAGAAGGAGACAUUAAUCCAAUAAGAGAUAUGGAAAUUAUUUUAAAUGAACUAUGUUUAAAAGAUGAAGAAAUUAUUUCAGCAAAGGUUGAAACCCUUACUAAACAAAACCUUCAUAAGAAAGAUAAAGUUGUUAUUGAGGAAAUUGCAUGUUUAAAUAAAUGUCUUGAAAUGGUCAAACAAAAAAGACCAAUUAGAUUUAACGAAUGGACAGACGAAGAAGCAGGUUUUAUUAAUAAUGUUCUUCCACUUACUGCUAAACCAAUGAUAUAUUUAGUUAAUAUGUCUGAGAAUGAUUUCUUAAGAAAGAGAAAUAAGUAUUUAUUGAAAAUUAAGAAUUGGAUUGAAGAAAAAUGUAAACCAUUCCCAAUGGACCCAAUUAUUCCAUACUCUGGAGCUAUAGUUGCUAAAGAAAUUGAUGCUGUACUUGCUAAAACAGCUAAUCAAUCUUCUGAACCAGAAAUUCUUGCUGCUGGAGCAUUAGCUAAGAUUGUUAACACUGGUUAUACUACAUUAAAUUUGAUUCAUUUCUUCACUGCUGGUCAUGAUGAAGUUAAAUGUUGGACUGUCAGAAAAGGUACUAAAGCACCACAAGCUGCUGGUACUAUUCAUAGUGAUUUUGAGAAAGGAUUUGUUUGUGCUGAAGUUAUGACAUUUGAUGAUUUCAAACAAUAUGGAAGUGAACAAGAAGUUAAAUUACAAGGAAAAUAUAGACAAGAAGGAAGAAAUUAUCAAGUUUGUGAUGGUGAUAUUAUGUUCUUCAGAGCUAAUACCUCUGGAUUAGGAAAGAAGAGAUAA